AUGUUGCAGUCAGGGAAUCAUGACACAUCUGAAUCAUCCAACUGCCAAGAUGACGUCCGAACUUCGAGUUCCACUGGUAAACGCCUGCAAGAGAACACUCUCUGUCUGGGCCCCAGAAAAAAAGUGUGCCAUGCAGAUCCAUUAGUCCAUCAUGGACACCAUUUUGGACAAACUGUCCAUGCACUAUGCAAUGUCCAAGCAUUAAUCAUGAACGGAGUAGUUUGGCUCGGGGAACUAGCUGAUGUCCAUGAAGAAGACCUUAUAUUUGAGGAAAAGCAGGAAUUUUGCAUAUUCCAAUCAUUUUUCCGCAUGGUCCCUGGAUUAGAAGAACACUUGAUGGAGGGCAAUGCAGAGGAAACUGUAGCCAUUGCAGAACUGAUCCAGAAGGGUGCUUCUAGUGCUAGAUCCAAUGAUAUAAAGGGCUUAAAAGGUGUUGUUCUAGACUGGAUAACACACAAAGGCAAGUGCCUCCAUCCACCUCUGGCACGGAAUAUGAAGACCAAUUAUGGUUUCAAUCACAAGAAAACGAGCGCACUACUUUGUCCUGCUGGCUUGGAUUGGAAAAACACCGAAUAUGAUCCAGAAGAUCCUUGGCAGGGGUUAUUUUGGAAUCUAAUUCUUGUUUUGGUUUGUUUUGCGUUGAGCUUAUCUCCGGUAUUUUCUCACACAGAUACUGUUACAGAUUCAGAGAGAUUCUAUAGCACAGUGCUAAACCUGUUGAAUGAGCCAGAAGAAAGGGAUGAAGUGAAUAGUCUACUUGUGUGGUGGAAUUGCCAAAUUUUUCCGAAUCAUUACUCUGCCCAUCGCCUACCGUCGAAGGAUAGUGCAUUGGCUAAGAUCAAGGAAAAGAGGGCAGCCUUGCAAUGCAGACAAGAAGCACCCUGA